AUGCACAACACAAAGGGCGUCGUGGUCUUCUCCGGCGGGAGCGCUGCCAAUAGUCUUGUCGACGUCUUCGAAGCCGUGCGAGAGAACAAAGACUGCCCUCUGAGCUACAUCAUACCGAUCAGUGACAACGGCGGAUCGUCUUCAGAACUCAUCCGCGUGUUUGGCGGGCCUGGAAUUGGCGAUGUGCGCAGUCGCCUUGUCCGGCUGAUACCGACGGAUCCUCCCUCACCAGAAAGAUCAGCCAUCUCGUCCCUCUUCAAUCAUCGUCUGUCGUCGACCUCUUCCGUGGACGCGGCCGCCGAAUGGCAAUGGAUUGUGUCGGGGACGUCUGAUCUCUGGAAAGGGAUUUUGUCGGCGAAGAAGGAACUGAUCCGGUCAUUCCUCAACCUCCUCAACCUCGAAAUCUUGAAGCGAUCCCGGCCGUCGUCUACAUUCGACUUCACCUCGGCCAGUGUGGGGAAUCUGUUCUUGACCGGCGCGAGGUUGUUCAGCGGCAGCUUCGAGUCCGCAAUCUAUCUGCUGAGCAGCAUCUGUGCCAUUCCGGACGGCGAAGUACAAGUCAUUCCGAGCAUAAAUUCCAACUUCUCCCACCAUAUUGCGGCAGGCCUCGCUAAUGGCGAUGUUAUUGUCGGACAGAACAACAUCUCACAUCCUACAGCGGCCACAGCCUUCGACAUGCCACCUUUCUUUCCUGACCUCACGCAUGAACAAAAGAAAGUCCGCGCGAGCAUGGAGACUACAGAAGAUGUCGAAGACGCCAAUGGUCCGGGAACACACCCCAGCCUCCGCCAGAAUAAUAUUAAAUUUACAAAGGAGGAAGACGAGGAUCUCCCGGCGCGCAUUGAGCGGAUAUGGUACAUCAACCCGUACGGGCAGGAAAUGCUCCCACCAGCCAAUCCUCGAGUCAUCUCGGCCGUCAAGGAAGCCCAAGCGAUCAUCUACUCCAUAGGUUCCCUUUACACGUCCAUCAUCCCUUCCAUCGUCCUCAAAGGUGUCGGUGAAGCGCUGCGCUCCACUCCAGCUCGCCAUAAAAUCCUCAUCCUGAAUGGCUCGCUGGAUCGUGAAACAGGACCCAGCUCGACCCCAUUCACGGCAUUCGAUUUCGUUGAAGCCAUUGCUCGUGCCGGCGAGCAGUCCAGAGGCAACAUUUGGAGGCCGAUCCUUCGUACGUCACGCUCGGAUGAAUCCAUGAAUGCAUCAGCCGCAACGUCUCCGGCGGCUCGCAACGGUGACUUCCUGGUUCCAGGAACGAUAGCCCAUCCCAGCGCUCACGGUCCGGACAGGGAUUCGAUCUAUCGGAAGUAUGUGACGCAUGUCAUUCACCUUAGUGGAGAAGGGGCGCCACAGGUUAAUCGCGAGCAGCUUGCAUCUCUCGGCAUCGACUGUUUGAAGUUGUACGGCCGGAAAAGUGCGAAAGGCGUCAUGCUGUACGACCCUCAAGCCCUCAUCGGAGCAAUCGAGGCGAUCCUUGGAAAGAAAGGGGAUGCCAUGGCGUUGACCAGGAGUCGCAGAAAUACCUAUGACGGAUGA